AUACACACACACACACACAAAAGAUUCAUUUUAUAACGUGGGAAAUUUAAUGAAAAAAAAAAUUCCGGAAAAUAUUUUCAUUCUAUUUUUAUACUACACACUUGAAGGCUUUAUGAUGCGGUAUUUUUUUUUUCGUUCGUUUGUUUGUUUGUUUCGUCAUUUUUUUUUUUGUUUAUUUAGACGAUUAACCAUGAUGAUGAUGAUGAUGAUUAUUUUUGCCCAGAAGAAAAUUAGCUAUAACGAUGACGAUAAUAACCGUUUUUAUUUUUCAUUUGAUGGCAACUAUUUAAUUUUAAAUCGAAUCGAAUCGAAUCAAAUCAUUCGUUUGGCCGGUCGAUAGGCUGGUUGUUGUUUUUGUACUGGAUCUUUCAAUUCUUUAAUAUCUGAAAAGAAGUGGUACUUGAGAUUUUUUUUUUUUUUUUUGAUCCGGUUUUUUUUUCAUCUUCGUUCUCGCUCUAUCGAUCGACCGAUAGCAGAAUGUAACUAAAUUUUUUGUUUUCUCGAAAAAAACCGAUCAUCAUCAAACGGUAAAAUAAUAAAGUCAACCUUUUAAGUCUGUAAAAAUAAGACCAAAUCAAAACAAUGAAAAAAUUGGCCACGCGUUUUCUUUUUUUGGGCUCAUGUGUGUGUGUCAUUGGUUGCACGUGUUAAAAUGUUUACAUUAGAAACAUAUCAAUGAAUUGAUGAUGAUGAUUAUUAUUAUCGUUGUUGUUGUUGUCAAAGAUUUUUUUUCAAGUGUUUUGAAUGUGAAUGAAUUUUUGAAUUCUUAAAAAAAUUCCGUACAUUAUGAACAACCACUGUGAACAUCUGUGUUUGUGUGUGUGUGUGCACGCGUGAAGCAGAAUUUUUAAUUCUAAAUUUUUUUUUUUGUGUGUGUAUUUUUUGUAAAUCAAAAUCAAAGAAUACUGGAAAAAAAGAACAAUGAAUUCACCAUCAGAAAAAGCGCUUCAAAUUCUUAAAUAUUUGCCACGUGUUAGUCUGAACAAUCUGGUCAAAAAUCCAUAUUUAAAACGAAAGCCAAGAAUUGAUCCUCGAAAAGAACGUACAAUCAAUAAAAGUAAUCGUGAAAGAAGACGUUUUUGGCCAGUUGGAUAUGAAGGUGGCCGUACACCGUUUUAUAUGAAAAUACCGAUUGAAAAUUAUUAUAGAAAUUUCGGACAUCGACGUCAAUAUCCACCACUUAGUUUAUAUCAGCUACAAACAUUAAUUGAUAAUGGUGUAAUUGAUCCAUCAUUACCGAUUGAUUUAGCAUCAUUGUGUAAUUCACAAUUUUAUCGUAUCGAUCCAUUUCUUUCACAUUAUGGUGUUAAUCUUACCGAUCAAGGUUUGGAUAUUUUUUGCAGUAAAAUCAAUAUUGAAGUACAAUAUACAAGUGAACCGGUAAUUGCUGCUAUCGAAAGGAAUGGUGGUCGAAUAACUACCGGUUAUUUUGAUAUUAAAAGCGUACAGGCAUUGAUGGAUCCAUUAAAAUUUUUUCAACAAGGCAUACCAAUACCAAAACGUGGUCUACCUACAGAAGAUGCAUAUGCUUAUUAUUCGGAUCCAAAAAAUCGUGGUUACCUUGCCGAUCCAAAAGACGUGGAAAGGGAACGUAUUUUAUUGGCACAAAAAUAUGGUUAUGAAUUGAAAAAUGAUGACCAUGACAAUCCAAAUGUUGAUGAAAAAAGUACUAGGCAAAUAUUUUUCGGUCUACAACCAGGUUGGCUGAUUAAUCUUCGUGAUAAAGAAAUACUGGAACCCAGUAAUAUUGAAUAUAAAGAAUAUUAUCGAAAUUAACGAAUCUUUUGUAAAUUCAGAUACAUAUAGUUUUAUUAUUGCCAUCCACAUAUGCAUUCAUAUGGAAAAAAAAUAAAACAUUUUCUCCUAGUGAA